UCCACCGGAAGAAGGGUCGAUACCCCUUUGAUGUAAACCCUUCUCUCCUCAGCUAGGUCGUCGGUCAGCUCCGAGAGGGAAUCGCCGUGUCCGGAUCCGAGUGAAGAUUUCCAGGUCCGUUGAGGGUUCCGGUACCUGAAGGUGAGAGCGAGCGGCGCCUGGUGAGUACCGAGUCUACACCUGCACGGCAGCAGGCACCACCACACGCACAGCAGCCGCACCUCUCACACUUGGCGUAGUCGGCAGGAUAAAAGAGACCGGAUCACGGACACGAUGUGGAACGCCACCAAGAAGACCUCCCUGCGGACGGCUCCGGAGAAGACUCACCCCCGGAUGUGUGCGGACCAGAGCGACUGGGUGACGGUGUCUGGGGCAGACAUCCUGAAGAUGGUGCAGCGGUCGGUCCAGCGUGAAAAAGAAGAGCGCCGGGAGAAGGGGCGCAAGAAGGCCGCUGUGACGCCCUGCAAGAAAUGUCGGCAAACAGGUCACUUUACCGAUGAGUGUACUUGGCGCGAGACGUCCCCAAAGAAGGUGGUCCAGGAAGCGGACCGAAGACGUCAGAAGGGCCAAGCGAAGGAGUCCUGGUGUUUGCUCUGCGGAAACUACGGGCAUGAGCACAACAGUUGUCCCUGGGACGAAGAGUCGAGCGAAGACGAGGUUGAUUCCCGGUGUGAAAACUGUGGAGAUCCCCGACAUCUGCUCCUGGAAUGUCCAUGGACUGAAGACAGGACGGACUACGAGGCCACGGUGAAGAAGAUGACGGAGUCUCGUCAGCAGCUUUGGGACCGGGUGGCUGCAGAGCCUGUGUGUGCGCUCUGCGAGGCGAGAGGACAUGCGCUUCCCGAUUGUCCGUGGAAUGAAGACCGGAUGAUUGCGGAUGGUCGCGCCCAGAGAUGGGAGGAGGAAACCAGGGAAAUGGAGCGGAAGGCCUUGCUUGAAGUUAGUUCGCAGGUGCCCAUUUCCUCUGAGCCGGAACCAACGGGUGAAGAUUCCCCAGUGAAGGAGGUGGACCAGGAACCCGUCUUGGGGAAGGUGGCAGUGGCCCUCCCUUGUUGGAAGUGUCGGCGACCAGGACAUGCGGCCAGUGAGUGCCCUUGGGAAGAUGCCGCGGACCUACUCUGUCCAAAAAAAGUGACCCCAGUAAGGCAGAAUCCUUUCCCGCAUGAGGCGGAGGUGGACGACUGGGAGGUGAAGAGGCCACGCUGUCAAGAAAAGCGUGAAGACCCAGUGACUGAGACGUCCGGAAUCUCCCCGCGAUGGAACCGUCCACGACCAGGACGUGCGGAACAGGAGUGUCCUGGGUACCAAGAGAUGCCAGCGGAAGCGCAGGAGUACGCUGAGGAAGAAAAGGAUCCAGCGGAAGCGAAGGAGUACGCUGAGGAAACAGAGGUGCCAGCGGAAAAGAAUAAGUACGCUGAGGAGACCCCAGUCCAGAUAUCGGAAGAGGACUCUGACUACGGUGAGCUGUCCGCCGACGAAUCCCUCCCAGAACAGAUGGAGGACGACUCUGGCAUCGGAAGCGCCGACGAGAGUGACUGGCAGGAUCGGGUGGAGUCAUGCUCCCAGUUGAAUGCCCUCCGUGAAGAGGAGGAGAUAGUCCUGGAGCAAGAAUACCUGCCAGGAGUGCCGAAAUGGACCGACGUACGGGGACAGGACUGUGAUGCCUUGGGAGGACCCGUUCCAGAGGAAGACACAGGACCUUUGGAGAUGCCCCACGAGGAAAUCCGACAUGUGGUGGCUGUUGCCCGGGAGGAAACGGAUGCCCCGGAGGAUUCCGCUGUUGGGUGGUGGUCGAUACCACACCCGGACGACAGGGACGAAGCCACAGACGGAAUCGGAGGCCAAGAGUGGGUGACUGUUGUCCCCGUGGAGGAAGAUUCCCCUUGGUGGCCAACGUCGAGUGGCCGUGAAGAGAUGUCACUCCCCCAGAGGAUCCGCCGAUGGAGGUCAGGACGCAAGAGGAACCCGGAGCUGGAGGAGGAAGGAUGUGGGGUCACAGCUGGUCCAGGCUGGGCCCCCGAAUGCACCCUCGCCGGAAGGACCUUGGAAUUCCCUGACCCGCGGACGAUGGACGUCGUAAGGAACUUUGUAGGGACUACAAAGGAAAAAGGGGGGGGAAAUGUAAGGAUGUGCCCUGUGGGCACAUCCGCGCUGGGUGCGUGGCGGCGGCGGCGGGUGUCCGGUGCAGGGAUUACCCUUUUCCCUGCACCGGACCCCAGGCUGGAGGGUUUGAACGUUGGCGCCCUCCGGGAGCCAAUCGCGGCUCCCGGAGCGGCAGCCAAUAGGAGAGAGACGCGGCGAGCCAAUCGGCGCUCGCCGCGUCAUAGGCCCCGCCCCCGGCGUCUGACGUCAGACGCCGGGCGGGACGGAGCGAAGGAGGCCGCGCCGAAGAGCGGCAGAAGACACGGGCGGGAGCCGAAGAGGGCACCGGAGGCCCCCGGGUUAGGUGCUGUGUUUUAAAUGCGGAUUGGUUGGACUGGCUUUAAAUACACACUUGACACAGACGCCUGCAUGUAUCUCCUGAGGAAACCGCUGAAAAACACAGCGGAGAAACGCAUAGAGGGAGCUCACCUUUUAUGCACAAUUGCUUCAGAUAUCGUGGUGGAAUUGUAGCUGUGCCUGCCUCCGUCUGGCGUGGAUCCCCUGCUCUGACCAAUAACCGGGUGGAUAUAUUGCCGUGACUGCCUGCUCCGUUACAGAAAAUUUCACCCUGAGUGUCUCUGGAAUGGACACUUAAUCAGGAUUGCCAGCCCGCUCCAAAUGCUGCAAAGUUCUAAUUGCACGUCUAAAGAACCUUACCUGCUUUGUCUCUACGGCGGAGAGCUGAGCGUCUGAGCCCUGCAAGAGGUUCCUGGACAAUCAUCUUUAAAAGGUCAACAAGGGUGAGAACUUCCACAUAAUAUCGGGGGCAAUUGCCAACUAGCCGGCUCUAGGCUUAACCACAAUUACCAAUUGACCAUUUCUAUCCUGGAAAUAGCACUGUUCAUAUGUGUGAGCAUUUUUGUCAUCCAUACCAGCCAACCAAAAAUGUAUAUCAGAGAUCACUUUUUAUUCUGUUUAU